CCAUUCACGGUCGCGAGGCUGUCAAUUACCGUGUCUCAGCUGGUGAUUACCCACCUGCGCCCAGUGAUUACUGAGGAUCCUGCUUUGUUUACUAACAGUCCUCCUCCCUGUCGGCUCGGGCACACUGCUCUGGAUGACUGUACACAGCACAGCCAUUCAGAGCAGCAUGCUUACAGUGAAGCACCAAACACACCACCCCCCAGUAAAACACUCCCAGCACACAGUUAACCCUUUGAUUGGCCCUCAUGGUAACCCCUUCCUGCCCAGUGCCAUUAGUACAGUGUAAGUGCUUUUUUUUUUAGCACUGAUCACUGUAUUGGUGUCACUGGGGAUUUAGUUAAUUCCCCCCCAGUGUCAGAAUGCCUGCCGCAGUCCCGCUA